AUGGACUCCGAAGUAGUUAACUCGUUUACGAUUUCGGAGUUCAUGGUUCAAUGCUGCAAAGAAACCAGCAGCAUUAACAAUAACAACAACAACAAUAAAAUUGGUAGCAGUAUCGGCAAUAACAAACAUAACAAAUACAACAACAACAUCAACAGCAUCAACAAUAACAACAUUAUCAACAACAUCAUCAACAACAACAACAUCAACAACGACAAUAGAUACUCCACGAGCGAUGAAAAUUACUACAUCAACGACAUUAAAAAUACCUUCCACAACAACCAUUUCGUCGGCUACAACAACUUUAGAAACAAUUUGUUUAACAACAACAAUAACAACAACAUAAAUAGCAACAAAUAUUUUGUCAACUACAUAAACAACAACAAUAACUACAACAAUAACAACAAUAUAAACACUAUCAGUAACAAUAUUGCUGUAAACAACAACAACAGUAAAGCAAAAGUUUUCAGCAAUAGAUGUUUUAUCAGCGGUGGAUUUAGUGUUAGGUUUACGUGUCUUACUUGCAAACAUCAACAUCCACAACACCAACAAUAUAAACACCAACAACAGCAACAUAAACAACAACAUCAACUACACCACCUGCAGCAACAACAUCAACAACAACAUCAACGACAACAUGGAAAAGACCAAACAAAACCUAACAAUGUUUCAGACGAGUGCGAUUUCAUAAACACAGCAACAGAAGAAACUACAACAGCAACGUACAACAACGACAUAAAGUUUGAAUCUUCGUGUCCACUUAACAACAAUAUCAUCAAGAACAACAAAUUCAACACUCACAAAAACCACGACAUUAGCAGCAGCAACAACAAUAACAACAACUACUAUAGCAACUACAACAACAACAACAUUAUCUUUUACUAUCGAAACGCAAAUUGCCUGCCCAAAGAACUGGCCCAGUCUAAAUACUCAUUUUCCUCUUCCAAAAAAAGAUCUAUCUCUCUUAAAUGUUUGACGACAAUGUUGGGAGAUAGUGAGGUAACAACGUUGCUUGCCUUAAAAGAUUUUUAUUGGCUGAUGAAGGUUCCCUUAAGGUUCCAACAAGACGAGGACAAUUUCAAUGCAUAUCUAACUUUUCUCGGAACCAAUUGCUCCAAUUACACAUUUCUCUGUCCGCCUACGAAGUUAUCAUCACCAGCCUCGUCAUCAUCAUCAUCUUUCUCAACAUCAUCAUCUUCAUCCUCAUCAUCAUCAUCAUCUUCGUCUUCAUCAUCAUCUUCCUCCUCCUCCUCAUCAUCAUCUUCUUCAUCAUCAUCAUCAUCAUCGUCGUCAUCGUCAUCAGCACCACCAAUGUAUUUGGUGAGGGCGGUGAGAGAACCAGUUCGACCAAUAGGAGCCCUCUGCGUGGAUGAGUUCGAACACUGCAUGAACACGAAGAUGAAGACGAACCCGGAUGUUUCUGAUGUUCCAAAUUAUGAUGAUGAUGAUGGUGAUGGUGGUUGGGGUGGUCAUGGUGAUUACAAAGCCAUUGAUUAUCUCAAUGACGUGGAUGUUGUGCAAAUGAAUUCUUCCCUAACCCUCAGUCACCAUGUCAAUGAAACAAAAUCACUAUUUUUGUCAUCAUCUUCUUCACUUCACUCACAAAAAAGAAAAACAACGAAUACUUUGCAUUCCAAGAGAUCAGCUGACAUCUGCCACCCAGGCUCCUCCCACCAGCUGAUGUGUGCACGAACUUGCAAGCUCUGCACCAAUCAGCGGCCUCGAUUAUGCCACCUGCCAUCCCAUUGGUCGGGCGUUUGGCGCAGUCUAGCCAGAGGAAACAGUUAUGAGUACGCUGAAAAUGUGGAUGCCAAAAAUAAUAAUAAUAAUGGUGGUGGUGUUGGUGAUGAUGAGAAUUAUGAGCAAAUUGAAAAAAAUAUUCUUCAAGAAGAGAACGAUGAAAGUGACGUCAUCAUCGUCAUCAUCACGGACAGCACUAUCACUAUUGGCGAUCAUAAAUUUCAUUGUAUUGAUUGGUCAUUACCUUUGUCUUCGUCAUCUUCAUCAUCAUCGUCUUCGUCGUCAUCAUCGUCGUCGUCGUCAUCACCAUCAUUAUCAGCAUCUUCUUCUUCUCCGUGGCUUGCAAAUUUCAGGAGAGAGAUAAAGCAGACAGUCUUAAAAAGAAAAAAUAUUGACAGAAGUGACAAGAAGGACCACAAAAAUGUCAACAACAACAUCAACAUCAACAACAACAACAACAUCAUCAACAACAACAUCAUCAUCAACAACAACAACAUUGAUAAUUAUGAUGACGACGAGAACGAUAAAAAAAAUAUGAAUCAUGACGACAGCGACAUUACCGAUGACGAUGAUAAAGAAGAUGAUGAUAGUACUGAUUAUGAUGAAGAAGAUGAUGAUGGUGAUGAUGCUGUUUAUAAUGGCGGGAAAGAAACAGACGAAGUGAUGUUGUUGUUGGAAACGGGGGAGGGGUGCCAGCAACAAUACACGUGCAUGCAGGUUCGCAUCGCUAACAACAACAAUAAAAACAUCAACAACAACAAAAACUAUUUCAACAACAACAACAUCAACAGUAACUAUUUCAACAACUUCAUCACUAACAACAACAAAUAUUCAAACAAGGUUAAAAAUAAUAACAUUAAAAAAAUUACCAACUCCGACGAGACCUCCAACAAAGACGACAUCAACAAAAAUAGUCAUCACGACAUUAAAAUACAAAAACAACAUUUUAAAAACAACAAAUAUAAAAACAACAUCAACGACAACAAAAACAACAACAUCAUAGCCAUCAAAUUUGCAAAAUUGCAAUCAUGGCCCAUCGUUAGAAAGAGAAACCAUUACACAAAGAAAAAUAUCAAUGGCGAUGAUGAUGAUGAUGAGGAUGAUGAAAGUGGUGAUAAUGAUAAUGAUGUUGGUGGAAAUGAUGAUGAUGAGAUGUUUAAUAUCUACAACCCAGACUUAAACAAUAUAAACUGUAGCUUGUUCGUUUAUUCAGAAGUUAAUGAUGACAAUGAUGAUGAUGAUGAUGACAAUGAUGGCGAUGAUCCCAGAAUCUUUUCAACUAGUUUUUUCAGAUAUUUUUAUAGAUAUCAAAUGAACUCAUCGACGUCACCAUCAUCAUCUUCAUUAUCGUCAUCGUCACCAUCAUCAUCGUCAUCGUCAUCAUUACCAUCAAGUCCUUCAUCAUCAUUAUCGUCAUCAUCAUUAGCAUCAUUCCCUUUGAUUUCAUGGCAAUCUGACGCAUCGUCGUCAUCAUUAUCAUCGCCCUCAUCACCAUUAUCAUCAUCAGUUUCAACGUCAUCAUCAUUAUCAUCUUUGUCUACUUCUUCUUCGUCAUCUUCUUCAUCGUCGUCGUGUGACUGUCACUUCCCAUCAAAUUUAAACAUGUUCACUUUCGCAUUUGUUAAAAAAAUUUCGCGAACUCGUCAACAUUUUUCCACUUCCACUUUUAAACACUCUUCAAAAUGGAAGAACUCCACAAAAUCCAACAGUAUCGAGGCGAAUGAGAAUGGCGAUGAUGAUCCCAACCCAUUGAAAAACUUCAAAUACAACAACAUCAACAAUCACAACAACUCCAAUAGCGGUAAAACUGGUGACAACAUUAAUAACAACAUGAGGAGCAACUACAAACACUACAACAAGUUUAACAACCUCAACGACAUUAAUUUUAUAAAAUACAACAACAUCAAUGACAACACCGAAUGUGCUUUAUUGAACAUUUCAAACUUGAACGACGACAAAACAACAAUACUAUUUCAAUUUUUUGACAACAACAACAACGGCAACAACAACAACAACAAUAACGACAACAACAACAACAACAACAGUUGUUUCAACUUUAUUAAACCGCACAACUCAACAGCAGGAAGAAGCAUUCACAUCAAUAUAUUAUUUACGUGCCUACUCUCACAAGAUUAUCAUUAUCAUAAUUUAUCAUCAUCUUCUACUUUUUCAUCCUCGUCGUCGUCUUUAUCGCCAUCAUCACUUUCAUCUUCAUCUUCGUCAUCUUCGCCUUCCUCAUACUCGUCUUCAUCGUCAUCGUCUUUGAAGCCAGUUUACCAGCUUCACAUCUUCAACUUUCCCUACGUCAUAUUUCAAAACAACUUGCCGAACAACUUGAAAUUACACCAGAGAAACAAAUUGCACCAGGAAAAUAACUUUGGUGGUGGUCGUCGUAGUGGCCUGAGUGGUCAGUUGAAAGGCGGUUUGCCGAAAAUUCGAACGAACCAUUUGUUGUUCAGUAUGAACAAAAUUGUGAACAAUGCAAACAUGUGCUUCGAUGUAGACGACACCAUCAUACUCUUUUCCACUAAGAAACCAACCUGUCAAAAUCGAUUUGUACGCAUACCUCUAAAUCUCCUCUUAAGUUGUCACGUCAGCCACUACAACUACGACAUAAAUUUACUUGACAUCAAAAACAUUCAUGUGUGCAUGGUUGCAAUCUUCGUGUACAAGUUUCUAAAUCACAUGUUACCAAAUGCUCACAGCACCUGA